AUAUUCCAACAUCACAUGUACGAACAAAGAACACAUCACAUGUAUUGCUAUACGACGCCGUAGUGCUGCCUUAAUUCCUUCAACAGUUCAACUGUCGAAGAGCAAAGGGAAAGGCGAGAAUGAAAAACAAGAACGAAGACUGAAAGAGCCGCCCGUCCGAAAAUAAGGAGCGGAAGAAGGGGGAUGUCGUCAUCUUCGUCGACGUUGACGUCGACGCAGAAGUACGCUGCCGGAGCACUGUUCGCUCUGGCCCUACACCAGGCUCAGCUCCACCAGAUUCACCCUUUGGGGUUUCCCUCCCACGACGACGACGACGGCAGCGACCCGCCGGAGGAACGCGUCAGCACUAGCAGUAGUUCUGAUUUUGUGUCUGAUGACCCCCAGCUGUGGGUUCACCAGUCCGCCGGCCUUCUUCGGCCCGUCUUCAAGUUUCUAGAAAUUGAUAGCAGAGCUUGGGGGGCGCUGGAGGAAACUGUGGCGUACUCACCAGCCAAGCAUCAUGUUGGAGCUUUUCUAAGGUUACUCUCUGAGGAAAGUGGCAACAUAUCUGAAGAAAUUGUUGAUAAGGAACUGGCUUUAGCAGCUGCUAUAGAUGCUAUGUGUUUGAGCAUGGAAAAGAGCCCUGAUGAUUAUAAGUCCAAAAAGGAAAAGCAGCGUGAAUAUGAAAAUGCUUGCAGGGAGAAGUUCGCACCUCCCGAUAAGAAGCUAGAGUCAGAACCUAGAGAGGGUAAUACACCUAGUGAUCGUCGGCAGGAAAUAAAUGCUAUUACAUCUAUUGUAGAGGAAGCCCCUGCAGAAUCCAUGAAAGAGUCUGCUGGAAAACCACUGGAAGAGGUAACAAUGCUUAGUUACCCAAGGAAACUGACAGUGCUAUAUGAACUUCUUUCAGCUUGUCUAGCUGAUACCCCUGAAGACAAUAAGAAAUUCACCAGGGGAAGAAAGGGCUAUGAUGCCAGGCAUCGUGUGGCAUUGAGGUUGCUAGCUACCUGGUUCGAUGUCAAGUGGAAAAAAAUGGAAGCCAUUGAAACCAUGAUUGCUUGUUCUGUGAUGGCUCUUCUAAAAGUGGACUCAUCGAAAGAAGUAGCCGGUUCACCAGAAAGCUCAUGGGCUAAAUUGAAACGUGGAGGUAUCAUUGGUGCUGCUGCUUUAACUGGAGGAGCCUUGAUGGCAAUCACUGGAGGUUUAGCUGCUCCUGCAAUUGCUGCUGGAUUCGGUGCUUUAGCACCUACAUUGGGGACUAUUAUCCCUGUUAUUGGAGCAAGUGGGUUUGCUGCUGUUGCUACUGCUGCUGGAAGUGUUGCAGGUUCUGUCGCAGUUGCAGCUUCAUUGGGUGCUGCUGGAGCUGGACUUACAGGGAGCAAAAUGGCUAGGAGAAUUGGAGAAGUUGAUGAAUUUGAGUUCAAAGCAAUAGGGGAAAACCAUAACCAAGGACGAUUAGGGGUUGAGAUUUCAGUAUCUGGAUUUGUUUUUGAGGAAGAAGACUUUGUAAGACCUUGGGAGGGGCAACAUGAUAACUUGGAAAGGUAUGUACUGCAGUGGGAGUCCAAGCAUCUGAUCGCUGUAAGCACCGCUAUUCAAGACUAUCUUACUUCAAGAAUUGCCAUGGAAUUGAUGAAACAAGGUGCUAUGAUGACUGUACUAAGCAGUCUUUUGACGGCACUGGCCUGGCCAGCAACGUUGCUUGUUGUUACGGAUUUUAUUGACAGCAAAUGGUCAAUUGCCUUGAACAGGUCUGAUAAAGCAGGGAAGCUUCUUGCUGAAGUAUUACUGAAAGGAUUGCAAGGGCAGAGGCCCGUGACACUUGUAGGUUUCUCUCUUGGAGCAAGGGUGAUCUUCAGGUGCCUCCAGAUUUUGUCUGAAAGUGAAGCUAAUGCUGGAAUUGUGGAAAGAGUUGUUCUUCUUGGAGCUCCCAUAGCCAUUAAAGACAUGGACUGGGAAGCUACUCGAAAGGUGGUGGCUGGGAGAUAUGUGAAUGCAUAUUCCACAAAUGAUUGGAUGCUUGGAAUUGCAUUUCGUGCGAAUCUUCUCACCCAAGGAUUGGCUGGAAUUCAACCCGUCAAUGUCCCUGGCAUUGAAAACGUUGACGUAACUGAAGUCAUCGAGGGUCACUCCUCUUAUCUAUGGAGAACACAGCAAAUCCUAGAACAACUCGAGCUUGAUACUUACUAUCCCGUUUUCAACCGGAAAGUUGUGAAAUCAUAGCAUGUGUUGCAGUUUCCACCUAGUUGCAAAAACAAAGAAACAAGGGAUUUUCCGAGUGAAGCUGUAUAUAGUGCAUUGUUAACCGAAGGAAACUAUUGUUGCUGCUGUCAAGAUUCCUAAUUUAGACGUGAAUGUUGCUUAUGAUCAGUCAUAGCAAAUAUGUCUGAACGUCUGCAUAAGUUCAUAUCAGGAAAGUCGACUGUGGCCAAACGGAGCAUUCAAGAGAUUUCUCUUUCUCUGGCGAUUGUCGACAUUUAGGUUUGCACAUGUUUGCUCAUGUUGUCAUGAAUGUUGUAAGUUCCCUUUACGUUUUAUGAUGUACGGACUCGAUGUAUUAACAGAAACUGUUGUUUAUCAGACAGCAAAUGUAUGAUCGUUGUUGUACUGUGCCUCUGUUCUCA